AUAAUGAAUCUAGUAUAAGUCAGUCAUAGAUUUCUCUUUCUCAGAACUCCAACUCUCUCUCUUUCUCGCUCUGGAACUUCCCUCUCCUCCACCCUGGUUCCAGAGAAACCCAAAACCCAAAACCGAUUUAUCUUUGAACCGCACCAUCAAUACAAAAAUAGAAAGAAAGAAAGUUUUCAAAACGCAAAAAAUAGCCAAGAAACCAAAACAAGAAAAGAAAAUGCCAUUUUUUUCCUUCUAGCACCCAACAACAACAGCACCCCUUUUGUUUCCUUCCACCAAGAACCGAUUUUGCCACCGACCCAUUCCUCCAAAUGCUUCUCCUCCGUCAAAGCGCCGUCGUUUCCUCCCUCAUUCUCUGCUUCUUCUUCCCACCAUUGCUCUGCCUCGGAAUCCGCUCUUUCCCAACCACCGCAGACGACGGCGCGUUCUUCCACUACACCGAGGCGCCGGAGUAUCGAAACGGGGCGGGUUGCCCCGUUUCGUCAACCCGAAAUUUUCUUCCUUCAUGCGACCCUUCUCUGGUCCACAUCGCCAUGACCCUCGACUCUGGCUACCUCCGCGGCUCCAUCGCCGCAGUGCACUCCGUCCUCCGCCACUCCUCGUGCCCGGAAAACGUGUUCUUCCACUUCAUCGCCGCCGAGUUCGACCCGGCAAGCCCACGGGUCUUAACCCGACUCGUCCGCUCCAUUUUUCCUUCCCUGAACUUCAAAGUUUACAUCUUUAGAGAAGACACUGUAAUAAACCUAAUCUCUUCUUCAAUCCGACAAGCUCUAGAAAACCCCUUGAACUACGCGCGCAACUACCUCGGCGACAUGCUGGACACUUGCGUGUCCCGCGUGAUCUACCUCGAUUCCGACGUCGUCGUGGUCGACGACGUCGGCAAGCUCUGGCGAGCAGCGAUCACGCACGGACGCGUGAUCGCCGCGCCAGAGUACUGUCACGCGAACUUCACGAAGUACUUCACCGACGAGUUCUGGAACGACCCUUUACUCUCGCGCGUGUUCAAUACGCGCGAGCCUUGUUAUUUCAACACUGGGGUGAUGGUGAUGGAUUUGGCGAAGUGGAGAGAAGGGAACUAUAAGAGAAAGAUUGAGAAUUGGAUGGAGCUGCAGAGGAAGAAGAGGAUUUAUGAAUUGGGUUCUUUGCCACCGUUUUUGCUUGUGUUUGGUGGGAAUGUUGAAGCGAUUGAUCAUAGGUGGAACCAGCAUGGGCUUGGUGGGGAUAAUGUGAAUGGGGUGUGUAGGUCUUUGCAUCCUGGUCCUGUGAGUUUGCUUCAUUGGAGUGGAAAAGGGAAACCUUGGGUUAGGCUUGAUGAGAAGAAACCUUGUCCCUUGGAUCGUCUUUGGGAGCCUUAUGAUUUGUAUAAACAAGUGAAGGAUAGUGUUAGAGAUCAGAAUUGGGGGUUCUCUUCUUCUAUUUUGGUUGGUUAUGCUCAUGACUUGUUAUGAUGAUGAUGAUGAUGGUGGUGGUGGUGGUGAUUCUUUGGUACAUUUGUUGUUCGGAGAUUAUUUGCUAGCAGUGUACAGUACAAAUUGGGUAGAAGAGAGAUAUAAUUGGGGUUCUUCAUUAUUCUUUCUGUAGAUUGUUUUUUUUGUUAAGGUGUCUAAAUUCUUGUGAUUUACAGAAUAUGAAAUUAGGAUUCUUUUUUUCUCUGCUGCUGGGGGGUUCCAUCUCUUGGAACGAUUUUGGUGGGUUGGGUUGAGUUUCUUUUGUAUGGGACCAUUGGUUGUAAUGUGGCAACAAACAAAGUGCAGAAUAACAGACAGUUGUUCAAUUGUUUUUAUUUGGA